CCUGGGGUUUUUUGCGCGUAUAUAUAUAUAUGGGGUUUUAAGUGCCCUACCACUACUAUCAACUAUCAUCACAGUUUUCCGUUUUUCCAUCCUCAUCUUUCUCUCUCUCUCCUCCAUACUUGUUUACCGAGUCGCCGAGUCGAUUCGGAACUACUAACUCACUGAGUUGGACUCGUUUAUCUAUUUUCAUCUUCUUCAACCUCCAGAUAUGGACACUUCCAGAGUUUUCGUCAAGGAUGUUAAGCGAGUCAUCGUUAAGGUUGGAACUGCCGUUGUUACAAGGAGUGAUGGGAGGAUGGCACUUGGAAGACUAGGCUCACUUUGUGAGCAGCUUAAGGAGUUGAACCUUGAUGGGUAUGAAGUCAUUUUGGUCACUUCGGGUGCUGUCAGUGCUGGUCGUCAGAGGCUUAGGUUCAGGAAAUUGGUUAACAGCAGUUUUGCUGAUCUGCAAAAGCCGCAAGCUGAACUUGAUGGGAAAGCAUGUGCUGCUGUUGGACAGAACAGUCUCAUGGCUCUCUAUGACACAUUGUUUAGUCAGUUGGAUCUGACUUCUGCUCAACUUCUUGUUACGGACAACGACUUUAGGGAUCCAAAUUUUAGAUCACAAAUAACUGAAACUGUGAACCAGUUGUUAGAUUCAAAAGUUGUACCUGUAUUGAAUGAAAAUGAUGCAGUAAGUACCAGGAGAGCUCCUUAUGAGGAUUCAUCUGGUAUAUUCUGGGAUAAUGAUAGUUUAGCGGCCUUGCUUGCUUUGGAAUUAGAGGCAGAUCUCCUUAUUUUGUUGAGUGAUGUCGACGGCCUUUAUAGUGGUCCACCAAGUGACCCCCAAUCUAAACUUAUCCACACAUAUGUUAAAGAGAAGCAUCAGACAGAAAUAACUUUUGGAGAUAAGUCUAGAUUGGGCAGAGGGGGUAUGACAGCCAAAGUAAAAGCAGCUGUUUAUGCUGCCAAUGCUGGAAUUCCUGUAAUUAUUGCUAGUGGGAAGGCAACAGACAAUAUCAUCAAAGUACUGAAAGGCCAGUGUGUUGGCACUCUAUUUCACAAGGAUGCUCAUUUAUGGGCUCCACCUAAAGAAACUGGUGCACGUGAGAUGGCAGUUGCUGCAAGAGAGUGUUCCAGGAGGCUUCAGGCGCUGUCUGCACAAGAAAGAAAAAAGAUUCUGUUUGACAUAGCUGAUGCCUUAGAAGACAACGAAGAACUGAUUAAGACUGAAAAUGAUGCUGACAUUGCUGCUGCUCAACAAGCUGGAUAUGAGAAAUCAUUGGUGGCCCGGCUAGCCUUGAAGCCUGGCAAGAUUUCUAGUCUUGCCAAAUCAAUUCGUGUCCUUGCUGAAAUGGAGGAACCUAUUGGUCAAAUUUUAAAGAGAACAGAGAUUGCAGAUGGACUUAUCUUGGAGAAGACUUCAUGUCCAUUGGGUGUUCUUCUGAUUGUUUUUGAGUCUCGUCCUGAUGCUUUAGUUCAGAUAGCUUCGUUGGCCGUACGGAGUGGAAAUGGACUACUUUUGAAGGGUGGAAAGGAGGCAAAGAGAUCGAAUGCUAUUUUGCACAAGGUUAUUACUUCCGCUCUACCAGAUAAAGUUGGUGAGAAACUUAUUGGUCUAGUCACCACAAGAGAGGAGAUACCUGAUUUGCUCAAGCUUGAUGACGUCAUUGAUCUGGUCAUCCCAAGAGGCAGCAAUAAACUUGUCUCUCAGAUUAAAGAGUCAACAAAAAUUCCUGUCCUUGGACAUGCCGACGGAAUUUGUCACGUCUACGUUGACAAAUCUGCCAAUAUGGAUAUGGCGAAGCGGAUUGUUUUGGAUGCAAAAAUGGACUACCCAGCUGCUUGCAAUGCUAUGGAAACCCUGCUUGUACAUAAAGAUCUGCUACAAAACGGAGGUUUAGAGGAGCUCGUUAGGGAUCUUAGAUCUGAAGGAGUUGAUUUGUUCGGUGGACCAAGAGUCGGUGCCCUGCAGGAGUUGAAUAUUCCAUCAACUCAGACGUUCCACAAGGAGUAUAAUUCACCUGCUUGUACAGUGGAAAUAGUGGAUGAUGUUUCUGGUGCCAUUGAACAUAUAAAUCAACAUGGAAGUGCACAUACAGAUUGUGUUGUAGCAGAAGAUGAAAAAGUUGCUGAAGUAUUCUUGCAGCAAGUAGAUAGUGCUGCUGUAUUUCAUAAUGCAAGUACAAGAUUUUGUGAUGGGGCUCGUUUUGGCUUGGGUGCCGAGGUUGGGAUAAGUACAAGUAGGAUUCAUGCUCGAGGUCCCGUUGGAGUGGAAGGGCUAUUAACAACAAGAUGGAUUCUCAAGGGAAAUGGGCAAAUUGUUGAUGGCGACAAAGGUGUGGUAUAUACCCAUAAGGACCUUCAAGUAACGUCAUAAACUCGCAAAUUUUAUUCGAGACGUAUUUAUUUUUAGUUCCUUGGACCCCCAUAGUAGUGCAGUUUGUGUGGGGGAAAAGGGUCUGCAUUUUUCAUGUCCUCUCUCCCGCUGCCUUUUGGGUAGUCUAUGUACGUCGUAGUUCUAUUUCUACUUCUACUUCUACUUCUACUUCUGAGUUCUGACCCUUACUCCAUGUAUUGAGGAUCUUAUUGUAGACUUUGUAGUCUGUAGACGCUAUUUAUUACUUUGUCAAAAUAAACGAUUACCUUAUUUGAAAGGUUUUCAGUUAAUUUAUCCAAUAUGUUCUACUCCUUGGUCUUGUUAA